CAUCUCAGAUCCCUCAGUGAAGCAGAACGGAGCUUCCAGAUCACGCACCAAUUCCAUUUGAACAUUUUACACCCUCACAAAGGAAGGAAGAUUUCCUAUUCAUCAUGGCCUCUCCUUCCUCUUUCCACUUGGAGGAGGAGGACAGUCUGAAGGGAUGCGAGCUGUACGUUCAGAACCACAAUAUUCAGCAGGUGCUCAAAGAUUGCAUUGUGCACUUAUGUAUCGCCAAGCCAGAUCGCCCCAUGAGGUUCCUCCGGGAGCACUUUGAGAAGCUUGAAAAGGAAGAAAACAGACAGAUCCUGGCCCGGCAGAAGUCGAACUCGCAGUCAGACUCACAUGAUGAGGAAGUGUCCCCAACACCCCCAAAUCCUGUGGUGAAGGCACGUCGCAGGCGGGGAGGCGUGAGUGCUGAGGUCUACACUGAGGAGGAUGCCGUCUCUUAUGUCAGGAAGGUCAUUCCUAAGGACUACAAGACCAUGACUGCGCUGGCCAAAGCCAUCUCCAGAAAUGUGCUCUUUGCACACCUUGAUGACAAUGAGAGAAGUGACAUAUUUGAUGCCAUGUUUCCAGUCACGCACAUUGCCGGAGAGACUGUCAUACAGCAAGGGAAUGAAGGAGAUAACUUCUACGUCAUUGACCAGGGAGAAGCAGAUGUGUAUGUGAACGGGGAGUGGGUGACUAAUAUCAGUGAAGGCGGCAGUUUCGGGGAACUCGCACUCAUCUAUGGCACCCCCAGAGCUGCCACGGUGAAAGCCAAGACCGACCUCAAGCUCUGGGGCAUUGACCGCGACAGCUACCGGCGCAUUCUCAUGGGCAGCACAUUGAGGAAGCGCAAGAUGUAUGAGGAGUUCCUCAGCAAGGUGUCCAUCCUAGAGUCCCUGGAGAAGUGGGAGCGGCUAACGGUGGCUGAUGCCCUGGAGCCUGUGCAGUUUGAAGAUGGAGAGAAGAUUGUGGUCCAGGGGGAGGCGGGCGAUGACUUCUACAUCAUCACGGAGGGCACCGCUUCAGUCCUCCAGCGCCGGUCCCCCAACGAGGAGUAUGUGGAGGUGGGACGUCUGGGGCCCUCGGAUUACUUUGGUGAGAUUGCCCUGCUGCUGAACCGGCCUCGUGCAGCCACCGUGGUGGCCCGCGGACCCCUGAAGUGUGUCAAGCUGGACAGGCCCCGCUUCGAGCGCGUGCUGGGUCCCUGCUCAGAGAUUCUCAAAAGAAACAUCCAGCGCUACAACAGCUUCAUCUCCCUCACCGUCUGAGUUGUGCCAGCACCUUUGGCACCCUCCUUGCAUCCCAGCCUCGGAGUUGCUCUGCAAGGCUAUUGGGUGGGGCUAGGGCAUCUUGGCAUGGAACCUCCCCUUCCUCGGGACUCAAUCAUCACCUGUGCAUUGCAAAAACAAGCAGAAUGAUGUACCUCCAGACUGAGGAGUCCCCUGGGUCAGCCUCCCCUUCUUCUUCCCUCCCUCCCUCCCUUUUAGCUGAGCCUUGGAGCUGUUCUUGAGGCUGUGUGAACUGAUUGUGGAAUGGGUGUAUCCCCAAAAGGACAUUCAGGAAGAGGGCCCCAUCCAUCACUCCCGCAUCCCCAGGGGUCCUCAGAGGAGCCAGAUGGGUUCUGACUCCUGACUUACGGACCAGUGUCACGUGUACAGGAGAACAAUGGAGAAGGAGGCGGGCAAGGACAGUGGCUGGUCCUUACCCCUCAUGGAAAGCAGGUCCCCAGCUGGGUUGGGAUAAUUGUCAGGGCUCCCUGAUCCCCUCACAGAUGGGGUUGGGACCUGCCAAGCCCUGGCGUGCACAGAGGACACGGGACAAUGUCAGGUUCCAUUUCUCUGUCAGUAGCCUGUGGGGGCCCUUGAAGGGAGAGGAGAGGUGUCAAGAAGAUUCUGGAUAAAGCUGAAGGAACCCUUCUAAGCCAGUCCCCAUAGUUAGCCCUGUGAACCCCAGGUCCCAGCCCCAGCGAAGCCUGUGUGUCUUGUUCAAAUCUCUGGAAGAGAAUCCAACCUUGUGCCCCACAUCCCUCAGCCCUCACGAGCCAGCUGGAACCUCAAUUGUACCCCCAGUUUUGUACCCCCAGUUUGUACCUCAUGGGUACCUGGAGCUGCCCACGCUGCCUCUGGGUAAUAGACACACAAUAAAACAACUUAUU